AUGCCGUUCUACCAGUUCAGCUUCGGUAGUCACAAGGAUUUCUUGGCGCAAGACACCCGGAAGACCGCUCUGACCGAGUUCAUCGGCACAUUCAUCUUCGUCUUCGCCGGCUCCGGCUCCGGCAUCGCCAUCAACAAGCUAACCGGAGGCGCCGCCGCCACCCCCACCGUCCUCAUCGCCGCCGCCAUCGCCCACGCGUUCGCCUACGUCGUUGCCGUCUCCGUCGGCACAAACUUCAACGGCGGCCAAGUCAACCCCGCCGUCACCUUCAGCCUCUUCAUCUGUGGCUACAUAAACUUCAUCCGCGCCGUCUUCUUCUGGCUCGCUCAGCUCGCCGGCUCCCUCUGCGCCUGCUUACUCCUCAAGUUCGCCACCGGCGGAAAGAGUGUUCUGGCUUAUGGGCUUUCGGAUGGAAUGGGAGCGUGGAACGCGGUGGUGUUAGAGAUGGCGAUGACGUUCGGAUUGGUGUACACGGUGUACGCUACUUCUCGUGAUCCCAAGGUGAGUACUAAUUUAGAAACGAUUGCACCGAUUUCGAUCGGGUUCAUGGUUGGAGCGAAUAUUUUGGUGGGUGGGGCUUUUGAUGGGGGAUCCAUGAACCCGGCUUUAUCAUUUGGGGCUGCUGUAGUGACCUGGAGCUGGAACAAUCAUUGGGUCUAUUGGGUUGGGCCUCUUUUUGGUGGUACACUUGCUGGGCUUAUUUACGAGCUGGCCUUUGUUGUCCCAACCUAUCCACGGAGGGACCCAUUAUAUUCAUGA